AUGGUUCUUGAUGAGAGUGUGCAAAAGGUACUCGGCGAUUUGAGGAGAAAGCGGGGUGUGAUAAAGGCAUCUCUUACGCGGAUUCAAACCUUUAUUAGCAAAUUUAAUCCAAGAGAGGAUCCGGUCACUUUAUUAGAAUUUCGACAGGAAGAGCUACCCCAAAUAAACCGAAAGUUUGAUGACGUCCAGUGCCAAAUUGAAUUAAUUGAUGUUGAAGGUUUUGAUGAUGCUGUGAAAGAGAGAGAGGUUUUUGAAAACGCAUAUUUUUCUAUACGCUCAGAUAUGCAGCAAAUUAUAAAUGCAGAAAAGAGUCUAAAUACGUCGAUGAACAAUUCCUCAAUCAAUACAGCAAAUGGGCACUCGCACAGGGUACGCUUACCACCUAUUUCACUACCGAGCUUUGACGGGAACAUCCAGGAAUGGGAAUCUUUUUUUGACUGUUUUAAGGCGAUAGUGCACGAAGAUAAUGCCUAUCCAGCAGUACAAAAAUUCUCCUACCUUAGGUCAACUUUAAGUGGACAAGCGUUGGAUGUCAUUAAAGGAAUACCGAUUACUGAAAAUAAUUACGAAGUGGCAGUCAGAAAGUUACAACAACGUUAUGACAACAAAGGUUUAGUGAUACAGUCCCACAUUCGUGCAAUUUUAGACUGCAAACACGUAGAAUCAACUUCCGGUUUGCAUCUACAAAACCUGCACUCAGACGUCUCAGCACAUGUUGCUGCCCUAGAAGCCUUGGGCCAACCUAUUCAGCAUUGGGAUGCUUGGCUCGUGACUAUUGUUUUGAGAAAAUUGGAUCAAAAAACGAGUCAAGAUUGGCAGCUUCAGCGCACGAAUACGGAACUUCCAAGAUAUGCGGAGUUAGAACAUUUUUUGUCCAACCGUUGUGUCGCUUUAGAAGGCUCCGAAAUGUUAUCGAAGGAUUCCGAUGGCUACAAGGACAGUCAAUCGGCAAUUUCACCCAAAGCAAAGAAAAACUACCAGUACAACAAUUCUAAAAAAGGUCUUAUCACAGCUACAGAUAGAAGUGCAAGGUGUAUAUGCUGCUCGGAAUUUCAUAAAUUGUAUGCAUGCAACAAAUUCAAGGAAUUAUCCACAGGGGAUCGGGUAACCUUAGUAAGAGAUUCAAGGUUAUGUUUUAAUUGUUUAUGUCCAAGUCACAUGGCGAGCUCGUGCCGUUCUACAUUCAGUUGUCGGUUGUGCAAGCGCAGACAUAACACGUUACUACAUUUUGAAAAUUCAAUGGUUUCAGCAGAUAGGAUGGAAAUCCAAACAUCUCAGGUAAACCCGAGCAAUCAACCUAGCACCUCACAAGAACCAAGUGUUUCAGCAGCUGCUUCAUUAAGCCCUGGAUCGGAGCAAGGGUACGUCUUUCUAUCUACUGCACUCGUGUUCACUGUGGAUAGGUUUGGGAACCAGAGGCAAUGUAGAGCAAUUUUAGACAGUGGAUCGCAGGUCAACUUUAUUUCUGGUAGCUUAGCGAAUCGAUUGCAUUUACGAUCCCAAAAAUCUACAUUACCAGUAAGCGGAAUUGGAGAAAGCCGUGUCCAAGCGUUGUCAUACGUUGAAGUUUCAAUUCAGUCGAGAUUAAGGGACUAUAGAGUGAAACUGGUGUGCUAUGUUCUACCAACAAUUGUCAGCAAAAUACCAGCGUGUCCAAAUCCCGCAAGGGGUUGGGAGAUCCCAGAGGAUUUGCUGUCUGAAUUAGCAGAUCCUCAUUUUUAUAAUCCUGGUGCCGUAGACCUGUUAAUUGGCGGAGGAGUAUUUUUUGACAUAACUUCAUCUACAACCGUACGGAAACCAUUAAAUGUCAAAAAUAUAUGUUUAAACGACAGCCAAUUUGGAUGGAUAGUCACUGGGGAGCUAGGAGCAGUGUGCCUAGCAGGGGUUCGUACGGUAGGAGAGGCACUAGAAGAGAAUUGGAGAGCGAUGGCAGAUAGGGAGGAGUCAUGUUUUGGACGCUUAUCCAAAACAAACCAACGUUCCCGGGAAGAGGAGGAAACACUGCAGCAUUUCCGUGAUACGUUUCAACGCAACCAAGAAGGACGAUUUGUUUUGCGUUUGCCAAUAAAAGAAGAGCAUAUGAGUUUGGGGAAUAGUCUAGCAAUGGCAACCUCAAGAUUUAUAAACAUCGAAAGAAGACUUCAGCGUGAUGAUCACUUGCGAAAAGAGUAUACCAAUUUCAUGACAGAGUAUAUAAACAUGGGCCAUAUGUAUGAAGUAAUUGCAACACAUGAAGUAUCACAGGAUGCUUGUUAUUUGCCGCAUCAUCCAGUCAUAAAAUCAUCGAGCCUAACCACUAAGACUAGAGUGGUCUUUGAUGCUUCAGCUAAAACGCAGAACGGCACCUCACUCAAUGAUAUGCUGAAGCGCGGGCCGACUGUACAGGAAGAUAUCUUCUCUAUUCUGACGAGAUUUCAGAAACAUCAAUAUGUGUUAACAGCGGACAUUGAAAAAAUGUUCCGGCAGAUUAUGAUCGCAAAGGAAGAUCAUCAUUUACAGCGAAUACUUUGGCGUGAUCAUCCCCAUGAAGCACUUCGGACAUACGCCUUAGCCACUGUAACGUAUGGCACAACACCGGCAUCCUUCAUGGCUACGCAAUGCCUCGUGGUACUUGGAGAGGAAGCAAAGAAAAGGAGCUCUAAGAUUUCGGAUGUCAUCUUACGCGACUUUUAUAUGGACGAUCUGAUGACGGGUUGUGACACUGAGGAUGAGUGCAUACAAUUACAGGAGGCCAUAGCUAGCAUCCUGGACUCAGCUAAAUUACCACUACGAAAAUGGUGCUCCAAUUCGUCAUCAAUCAUCGCAAGGAUAGGCAAAAAUCAAGAUGAUGCUCUGUUUACACUAGAUCUGGGAGACGGGGAUAUCAUAAAAUCCUUAGGGCUGUGUUGGCAGCCAUUCGUUGACCAAUUUAGAUUCAACAUCACGAUCCCUGUGGACAGAUCAAAUCUUACCAAAAGAAAACUAUUAUCAGACUUGAAUAAAGUAUUUGACCCAUUAGGAUUUUUGGGUCCCGUACUCAUUAUAGGAAAAAUAUUCCUUCAACAAUUAUGGCAAUUAAAAAGAAACUGGGAUGAUCAACUAGAAGUGGAUAUGCAAGACAAGUGGAAAACUUACUAUGCCGGAUUGGAGGAACUAAAGGAUCUUACCAUUCCCCGAAAAUGUAAACCUCAUCCUAGUGACAAGGUCGAAGUACAUGGAUUUUGCGAUGCAUCAAUGGAGGCAUAUGGAGCAUGCAUGUACAUACGAAGUUUAGAUAAAGCUGAUAGAUGGCACUCGCGUCUUUUAUGCUCAAAAUCAAGAGUAGCUCCAUUGAAGGGAGCUACUAUACCACGACUUGAGUUAAGUGGAGCGCUCCUCUUAGCGCAACUAGCGACCAAGGUAGCAGAAUCAUGGGACAUAAGCAGUGCAACCAUGUGCUUGUGGACUGACUCUACGAUAGUUUUAGGAUGGCUUAAUAGUCAUUCCACAAGGUUAAAAACGUUUGUAGCUAAUCGAGUGAGUCAAAUAUUAGAUUUAACCGAAGUCAAUCAAUGGAGACACGUACGCACACAGGACAAUCCCGCCGAUCUUAUAUCACGAGGCAUAAGUCCGGCAGAAUUAAUAAGGGCAGACAUGUGGUGGAGUGGACCCAAAUGGCUGGAGGAAGACAAGUUAAGUUGGCAAAUCCAACCUACGUUAAUGAAGAAUCCGGAAGAACUACCUGAAAUUCGUAAAUUGAAGCUGGUGUUAACAGCAACCAAUCCGGUAAUUAAUAUGAUCAACCAAUAUUCUGAAUGGAACCGUAUGCUUCGAGGGAUAUCCUGGUUAAGAAGAUAUAUAAAUUACAUCAAAGGGGAUAAAGGUUCAAGAGAGCCACGACAGCUCCAGAUAGCAGACCUGAGAGAGGCUAAGGUUUCAGUGCUAAGGAUAGUGCAACAAGAAUGCUUUCGUAAAGAGUUCCUAGCGCUGGGAAAGAGGCAAGAGGUGCCAAAAAACAGUAAGCUGCGGUGUUUAAAUCCAUUUAUAAAAGAUGGAUUGAUACUGGUUGGUGGAAGAUUGGAAAACUCAAACAUCAAUGAUAACCGUAAGCAUCCCAUUGUUCUUCCUUCAUUUCACAAGAUCACUGUUAUGAUCUUUGAAUCCUAUCAUCGCGAGCUUCUUCACGUUGGACCUCAAACAUUGCUAUCUGAAGUGAGACGUCAAUAUUGGCCCUUACUGGGCAGGGCAAAUGCACGGGCGGUAGUACGACGGUGUAUCAAUUGCAUAAGAGCGUGUCCACGAUUUGACCAACCACUAAUGGCAAGUCUUCCGAAAGAUCGUCUUCAAUGUGCGAGGCCUUUCACAAUCACAGGCAUUGAUUUUGCUGGGCCUGUUUACGUACGCAGCGGUUUAAGACGAGUACCAGCAAAAAAGGCGUGGAUUGCCAUAUUCGUAUGUUUUUCUACAAGGGCCAUGCAUUUGGAACUUGCUGAAGACCUCUCCAGUCCUACAUUUUUAGCUGUUUUGCGCUGUUUCAUGGGCCGACGAGGCAAAUGUGCCAAAAUCUACAGUGAUAAUGGCACAAAUUUCGUGGGAACUCAGAAGGAACUGGUAUCCAUGAUGAAAAAGGCUAGUGACCAGGUUGUAAAGGAAGGAAUCGAAUGGCAUUUCAACCCUCCCUCAGCGCCACACUUUGGAGGGCUUUGGGAAAGUGCAGUAAAGAGCACUAAAUAUCACAUAAAAAGAGUAAUGGGAGAACACAAACUCACCAGCGCAGAGCUGCGAACUCUCCUUUGCCAAAUAGAAGCGUGCUUAAAUUCAAGACCAAUUACUCCGCUUAGCAGUGACCCAUCCGAUAUUGAAGCUUUAACCCCGUCCCAUUUUCUAAUUGGAGGCCCAAUGUUGAUUCCUGAUGAACCAGACAUCUCGGGGGAACCAGUAAGUGCCCUUAAGCGUUGGAAGUUGGUUCAGAACCUUAUGCAAACCUUUUGGAAUCGAUGGUCAAAGGAGUACCUUCCACAGGUACAAACUCGCGGAAAGUGGACAAGCAAGGGAACCCAACUAAAAAAGGGAGACGUGGUGAUCAUAAAAGAUGAAUGCCUACCACCUACAAGAUGGAAGUUAGGUUUAGUGAUCGAAACUCAUCCAGGAGCUGAUGGAUUAACACGAGUAGUUACGUUAAGGACAGCAACUGGAGCGCAAAUGCGUCGACCCACCGUGAAGUUGUGCCGCUUACCAGCACAUGAAGAACAUGAUUCGGUUGAAAAUCAUAAUUUUCAACGGGGGGAGGAUGUUGGAGCCGAACGCUAA